CCGUCUUGGCUUGCUCGCCAUCACUUCGCCACUACGCCCGCUAUGCUGUCGUGGCCAGCACUCGUUGCGCUCCUCGCUGCAGCCCUGCUGCAGCAGCAAGCGAACGCCGAGGCCCUCCGCUUGGGCAAGCCAGCCCCCUCGAUGGGCCUCUCCUCUUCAACCUCGCAACGCUUUCCCUCUGACCUCCUCGCUCACCCGGCAUUCAAGGUGCACUUCGACGACCAUGCCACUGUAUCGAAUGGAACGGCAGCAGCGUUGCUCGCAAAGAGUCGCGAAGCACAUGGCAAUGAUUUAGCGGGAUGGAAUGCAGAGCAGGGAGAGAGGGGGGGGGAGCAUCACAUGCUCAUCCAUUCUUCGCCGCGCCAGGCGCACUUGUGCUCCCUUACUCCGCCAGCAAUCUCGUCGUCCAGUGGCGCGUUUGAUGUACAGUCUACUCUCACCCCAAGCACACUUCUCGCUGAGCGCCAUCGCGUCAUCGAGUCGGGACUGUCCCUCCUCGCACCACUCAAGGGGACCUGCCUCUACCAUACUCUCGACUGGUUCACGUACUCUCUCUGCUUCGGUGAGAGCGUGCGCCAAUUUAAAGCUAUCGAGGCAACAGUGGGUCCGGGUAGAGUGCCAGCGCAAGACCCGAGCAAGGACGCAUACGUGCUGGGCAGGUGGAAGAGGGAGCUAGAACGGGUAGGCGGGCGACUAUGGGAUGAACGCUCGGGGUCUACCGCCGAUCAUCAUGGUGGAGGCGAUCUGUCCACUAUGCGAUCGCACGACGACCACGACUCCUCGAAUGUCUCUUUGGACGACGACAAUGGCACGGAGCUGAUGCAAACGAUCCGCUUCGCCACCUCGGGCGUAGAGCAACGCUACCUCAGCCAAGUUUGGUCAGACGGCACCCUCUGCGACAUCAACGAUCAGCCGCGCAACGUCGAGGUGCAGUACCACUGUAAUCCUGCUCUUGUUCCGAGCUCGGCGAGCAGGAUCGCGCUCAUCAAGGAGACGACGACGUGUAGCUACGUGAUGGUCGUGGAGACGGGUCUAAUCUGUAGAGAAAGGGAAUUGAAGGUUGGCAGGGAGCGUGGCGGGGAAAAGGGUGGAGAAGCGGUUGGGGAGUGGAAGUGUAGGCGCGUCGUCGAGGGCGAGACCGUCAAAGCUGUGGAGGAUGCAGAGCGUGGUGAAGCGUCUCGAGGAGCUGAUAAGGAGGAUCGCCCCGUCGCAGAGCAGGAAACCUCGGCUCCUGCCGAAGAGGACCGCGACGCAUACCUGCACACGACGAGCACAUCACCCUGGCUUCCCUCCGCCGAAAACCCCACCGCCCUCAAGUCCGACGAGUAUUACGCGCUGGACUGGGACGAAGAGGGCAACGCCCUUGUGGAGCCGAUUGGCAGCUGGGCCGCCGAUUGGAUGCAGGCACAGGAAGAACAGGAGGCAGAGAUGCGCGCUGCGGGGCGGGAGGAGGAGGGUGACCCAGAGGCGACGGCGAGGGAGCAUUUGCAAGCGAGGCAUAGAGCGGGCAAAAGGUUGAGAGAGCUGGUGGGACGGGGUGAGGGUCGGCGUGAGGGCGAAGCUCAAGGUGCUGGGCGAGAGGAGGGGCUGGAGGAAUUGCUGUCGAAGAUCCUCUUUGGAGGACAGGCGCAACAAGACGGAGCCGCUGUUGUUAAUGACGGCGUCCGCGUCCACAUACUCGAUCAAGACGAGGCAGGGCAGCCUGUUGCUGGAGUAGCGGGACUACGUCGCGGCGAAGAAGGUGUUCCCAUCGAGGCUCAAGAUUUGCAAGCGGGCCUGGCUCGGGCAAUCGAGUCGGAGCUCAACCGCAUGAGAGGUAGAGCGAGCGGAGGGCAGGAGCAGCAGCAGCUAGAGCAAGCGCAAGCGCAGACACAAGACUCAACAGAUUCAGCCGCCCAGAGCGUGAUGGCGCAACGUCGCAAGGCGAGGCUCGACCGGCUAGCUGCGGCUCUCGUUGAGGGGAUGCAGGGUCGCGGGGCUGAGGCGGACGGCGGCGGCGAGGAGGGAGGCGAGACUGUGCCUGCUGAAGGUGGAGCGGAGGAGCAACCUCAAGCCGCCCGCGUAUUCGCAGAGCUCAAUGCCCAAGCAAGGGGCCAGGCGUGGAGACCAAAGCCAGUCCCUGGUGCUCCGGGGCAGGUGGAGAGGGAAACCCUCGCAGAGAGGGCAGAGCGAUUCUAUCAAAAUCGAGACGGGGAUGGGGAUGAGCAGGAGCAGAGUCAAGAGAGCGAGGCAAGUCAUGGAGCGAGACGUGGGCACGAUGAGCUGUGAGCUCAAGAGGUAGGCGUGUAUCAUAAUACCAUUGCGUUCGCCGAUUGCGCCCGCCUUGUCUCUCUCCUUCUGAGUAGGCAUCGUGGGGAAAGAAGACAAGAGCUGCCCUUCGCGUAGUCUGCAGAAGGUGAGUCUCCCUGGUCGGCGGUGCUAUGUGCCGGACACAGGUGGCCACCAGCAGCGAGGGAACGGUUCGUCUGCUCGAAUCCUUCGGAGCAGCAUUCCGAGUGAUUGUCGCCAUCGCUCUUGCCGUCGCUCUUACGGUCACUCUCGCCUCUUUGUUGCUGCGCUCGGGCCGGCACGGAGCACCGUCGAUGUUGGGCGCAAUCUUUCU